AUGACCAAAGUUUAAUUCCUUUUGACUUAUAUGAUCGUCUUAGCACACUCGUGCUCCUAUCUAUAUAACAAUACCAUCUUCCUUACAGGUACUUUGCAAGAAGUGAUUAACGUACCCCUCUCCUCCAUCUUCCAUACUGAUUAUUUUGAGAGACUCACCUUAAAGCAAACCGACAAAUUCCUUUCAAUAACAAGUCCAAUAUCAAAAUAUUCAGAAAAAUAUUAUGGUGGAAUCAAAGACCUCAAGAUUGUCACUUAAAAACUCCAGAAAAGCACCUCUAGUCGUGAUCCAAUUAACCACCUAACAAUUCUAGGCGUUAACUACGAUACCUACUAUGCAUAGUCCAACUAAGGAACUUACUUAGACCUUCCCUAAAUCAGCAUUUUAACAAAUUGUGAGGCAAAAAAAAACUCUAUCUGCUAUGAUAUAGUAUAAAUAGAUAGAUUAACUGUUAUAGACUGUGAUGACCAAAAGAAAAAUAGCUAUUUCAUACUGAUGAAUUAGGAUUCAACAACUUAUUUAGAUGUCGAUAAAGCUACCUCGGAGUUUAGGAAAAUAGACUAAGUUGACAAAUACAUGUUCAGAGGAACAGCAGAUAAAAUCUUUGUAUACAUUGAAGAAGAGGGCUAACUGAAGUAUUUAAUUUCUUUGGAUGAAACCACCUUGAUCGCACUUUUGGAAAAAGACUCUUUUAAGUUGUCAAUCAAGGAUUUUCAAGUUCAUACCAAUGGAUAACUUAGCAUUUUGAAUGCUUCUGGUGAAAUCAUAAUUGUUUAAUACAAAAAUGACUCAUGGGGUUUAAUCAAAAUUAUAGAAACUCACAUCAAUGAUGUCUAAGGGUAUGAUUACAAUAUCUACACCAACACUUAUGCGAUAAUUUCAAAAACACAAAUUGUGUUUCAAAAUAGAGAUAAGGAAAAGCAAUUAGCAGAAAUCUUAAAUGAAGAUGCCUCAUCUAAAAUAUAUCUCACUAAAAGAAACAUACUCUUAUUCUAAAACAACACUGUGACAUUGUUAAAUGAAUCAUUAAAGAAGAUAUAAAAUUUAAAAUUUGAUAAUGAGUUAGCUUUUAUAAAUACAAAUCAAAAUGCUGAAGGCUUUAUGAUUGUUUCCAACAUAAGAGUUGCUGGUUUUACAAUAAAUGAAAACUACUCUUUAAAAUUAUCGCUAACUUCGGCUAUUGUUGGUGAAGGUUACUAAUAAGCCAGUUUAAUUUAAGGAGCUUACCCAUAAAAUUGCUAAAUAACUUUGUUUUAUAAAACUCAAGAUUUGGGGUAUAAACAAAUCUUAUAAUCGUAAUAUUCUUAAGGCUUGUUAGUAGGAGGUGUCAAUAUUGAUAGUGAUAUAAUCAAGUUAGUACCUAUAUACUAAGGUUCUGAUUUAAAAUAUCAAUUCAAAGCUAAUAAUUUGAUAAAAAAAAUUGAAAUUGAAAAACAUUAGGCUUUUUCUUUGUAAGGACUCUCCGAGACACAAACUUUGGGCUAUCGAAAAAUAUUGAAAGCCAAUGGAUAAUGGAGUUACUAUGUUAUUUAAUAAGAUGCUAAUCUUUAAGUAAAAGGAUAUUUAUGUGAAGGUAAUCUUCAACUCAAUUGUAACCUCCUUUUUACAAAAGAUUAAUUUAAACAAUUGUAGAAUUCAUUAGAAUAAUUAUGGUGGUCUAAUUAAGAAUCGUUGUUCUUUGGAACUUUCUAAGAACAAAGCAUUACAAUUUAUUAUUUGUCCACUCAAACAAAUAACCUUGAUAUUUUGACAACCAUUGAGAUGGGAAGUAAUGUAAAAUAAAUUGUAACAGAUGGUUCACAUUUAUUUGUAUUACUAGAGCAGGAGAUUAGAAUUUAUGAAAUAACCAUUUUAAAUCAAGCUAAAUUAACAAAUACUUUUAAUGUAUUUGCCAAGAAGAUAUAUGCAUCAGAACAUGUUAAAAAUUUAUUCUUUAUCGAAUAAUAAUUUAGUUUGAAUUUGUACGAUAUUGAAUAUGAUUUAUAAACUAUUGUUUGGUAUGGAACUAUUUAGUUUGAUUACUAAGAGUCAAAUUUGGCCAUUUUUGAAAAUCAUUUUGUGAGAUUCAUUAAACCCGACAAUGAGGAAAAUUACAUUGUGACAGUCUUUAAUUAUGCAAAUAAAAGGAAUAUCUAUACUGAGAAGCAAAUAUCAUUCACACACUACACAGAUAUUAAUUUGUCUACUCUAGAAUGUUCUUUUGAUAGAAAUUUGUUUUAUAUUCAUGGGUAUAAUAAGUAAAGUUCAAGCUAAGUCAUUUUGGUCUAUAAGUUGACGUCAAAUAGUUUGGAUACCUUAUUCUAUUAGAUUAAUUCAACUCCCAGUACCAUAUUUUCAGUAGCAGGUAACAACAUUCUUAUGACUGACAUUGUUAACAAAUAAGUAGUUAAUUAUUAGAUCACUGGAGAGCUUGUAGUUACAAGCGUAGUCAAUAAAGAAUACGAAUAAAUACCAUACACAAGUUUGAUCCAAUUAGAUUUUGAUGUUACUAAUGAUUUAUCCAAUAAAAUGGUUGCAUCAAUUGCUAUAAAUAGCGUAAAUAGAGGCAGCAAAAUUAUAUUGAGAAGUGAUCAAAUCAAUCUGAACUACACAAAACAUAAUGAUACUGUAAACUGUGCAGAUUUGGGUUAGGAUUGGUACUCAGGUUAAGUCUUUGAUAUUGAACUUGCAGAUUAAUAAAAAAAGAUUUAGUUGAAUCCAUCUUUGACAUUGCAAAAAGAAAUUUUGGAAUACAGCCCAUAAUUAAAAUAGUUUAAUAGUAGUAGACUAGUUUAAUUAAUGUAGAAUAAACUUAAUCUAGUGAAUAUUGAGGAAUUUACAUUUCAGAUCUUGAAGUUGGAUGAAGAUUAUCAAUUUACUGCUAUUUUACUGAUUGCAGGGGAAAAUAUCUAUGUUUAAGCUAAAUCAAAGGAAUCUAUCUGGUUGAGGGUCAUUUAAUGCAAGAAUAGUGACAUGUGUAAUUUAUUGGAUAAUAAAUUCCAACUUUCUAUGGGUGUAAAAAGGGCUUAUCUUCAUGAAAAUAAUUUCUUUUUAUAUAUGGGAAAUUAUGUUAAUGUUUAUGAUACAUUAGGAGAUGCAACGAAAUUGGAGUAGUUUGAACUAAUUUAAAGUUUUUCAUAGUACUAUCAACUUUAGUAAAUGGAAUUUACUCAUUUAUAAAAGAAUGUCUAUUAGUUUAUUUCAGUAGAUAUUUGGGGUAACCCUGAAUUCUAAAUGAGAGAAAUCAACAGAACAGCAACAAACAAUUAUCUUGUCAAAUUUCCACUGGAUUCAUUACUUGCGGGAUAAAAAAUCAAUAAACAAGAAAUUUAACAAUCAGCCGGAUUUGUCUUAACAAAAAACUAAAUUACUAUAAUAUUCAAGAAUAGUGCGUCAUACUCUUUUCAUUAUGAAAUUAACUGUUCAAGAAAUGAAUUAUGUGAAAUUUCUACGUUUAAAUUUAAUGGCUUAUAUUAGUAAUAUCAAGAUUGGUAAUUAAUAGAUUUUAGUUAAAAUGAAAAUAUUCUCUAACUAAUUUAUUUGACCUAAACUCACUAUGAGUUGAUGUUAUAUGAUAUGGAAACACCAAGCAGUAAUUCUAAACCUAAAAAUGUUAUUGCUCAUCUGGCUACUCCUCUGUCUGGAAUUAAAGACAAUUCUUAACAUUUGUCUUUUGUGUACUCUUUAAAAGAUAAAUUACAUUUAUUAGCAUCAUCUGAAGGCUAAUUGAAACUUUAACAUUAUAUCUUGUUAAGAUCCCCUUAACUCUGUACAAGUGAAAUUAAAUUUGAGGAUCAAGUGAAAUUUAAGUUAUCUAAUACAGAUGAAAACGUUUCUAUUCAAGAAAAGGUUAUAAUAUCAGAAUACAUACCUCCUUCUCCUCCUGAUAAUGAUGACAACGGAAGCUUUCCUAUUUGGGCUAUUAUACUAAUACUUCUUGGCGUACUAUUGAUUGGAGGAGGUAUAUUCCUAUAUUGUCGCUAGAGAAAAAAUAAAAAUUAGAACACAAACCUAUUGCUGGAGAGCUGA